AUGGAGUCUGCCAAGCAUGGAAAUUCCGACUCCUCAAGCGACGGAAAUGAUCAGCAAGCUAAAGUCAACGAUGAUGAUACCGGUACUGGUCGAUCCUACGAGUGCACUUUCUGCAGGAGGGGUUUCACUAAUGCUCAGGCCUUGGGAGGGCACAUGAAUAUACACAGAAAAGACAAGGCCAAGGCCAAGCAGCCUACUGAUUCUUCGGUCUCAACCAGAUCCAAACAAGACUACAUGACUUCCAAGUACUAUGCACCAAUUUCAAGCGAAAGGCCACACCAUUAUGCAGCUUUGGGGGGUCAGGUGAACUAUGAUCAGUUCUAUUUUCCGGCAUCAAACCCUAGUUUUGUUCCACAUCCAUACCAUAUACAUGAUCAUUUGCCGGUCCCAAGGUCCGAGCCUUUCAGUCUGCAUGAUGAGAGCAUGGGUGCGAAUCUAAGCCUGCAAAUCAGCCCCCCACAUGCGCAAGAUAGCAGGGAUACGAAGAAAGGUAGGAAGGAGAACGAAGUGGAUUUGGAGCUUCGUCUCGGUCACUUGCCAUAA